UUGCCACAUUCAUACUCAGCCUGCUGCUGUCAUGUUGGUCAGAUUCAGUAGCAGCUAUGAGUGAAGGCAGAGUGAGUGCAGGACCAUGACCUCGAACAUGAACCGUAAGACCAUUCUGCAGCAGCAGAAGAGCCUGGACUCUUGUCUAAAGGAAAAUACCACCAGGAAGGGUCCACGCUGGAGACGGGGAUCUUUAACUAAUGGAAAACAGUCAAAAAGCAAAGAGAACACUGCAGGGACGCUGACACGGGGACGAGAGCAGUUAUGCCGAACAUAUUCCAACUCACUAGUAGACUACACAGAUCCUCAGAGGACGUUGGUUGUUUUGGAAAAACAAGACAAUGAGGCAUUCGGGUUUGAAGUUCAGACGUAUGGGAUUCAGCAGAGUAACAGCACUGAAUUGGAGAUGUGUACGUUUGUCUGCAGUGUGCAGGAGGGUAGUUCUGCAGAGACAGCAGGCCUGACUGCGGGUGACAUAAUAUUGACGGUAAAUGGGGUCAUCAUCAAAGGAUUCACCCAUCACCAGAUUAUUGAACUGAUCCGAGAGUCUGUGAACAUGCUAAAAAUGGAGACAGUCAGUGGCAGUGUGGUCAAAAGAAUUGAGCUAGAAAAGAAGAUGCGCAUGCUCAAGCAAACAUUGCAAGAGAAAUGGUUGGAGCUGCAGGCACUCACCAUACAGGAAAAGCGUCUUACUCGAGGCAAUCUGAACAUCAGCUCUGAGCACCCAUCUAUGGAAUCUCUCAUGUCUUUGUCGUCUCCUACUAGUCGGUGUGGACAUCGUUUCUCCAGUGACAGCAGCUGGCUGAGCGUGUUGACAGAUGAGGUCAGCGAGGACGUGUUUGAUGACCUCAGCCCAUGCAGCCCUAACACACCCAACUGUGACAUAUUUAGCACUAUGUUUCAGCCAGAGGGGGGACCAAAGAGGCCAACUCUCUCCCGAACCCGCAGCAUCAGCAGUGGAAGCAGCAGCAACGGUUGCCAGUCUCCCACAUGGGAUAACAGCCGAGCAUCCUCGUCCUCCUCCAGCUCUGUGUUCGCCACUCUGCCUCGCCGAGGGAGGAAGGCUAGCAUGAGAAAAAGUCUACUGAAGUUAUUGCCUAAACUGAACUAUUCUCUAGAAGAAGAGGAAACCACUUGAGACAGACUGCUGGCACAAAGCCGAAAACAAGGUGGAACUCUUUAAGACGGACGUACUGUAGACAUCUAACAAGGUGGACAUGUGAUGUUUCAAAGACCUAAACUGUCCAGGUUGAUAAUGAUAUGCUGGAAAAUGCCAUUCAAACGGUUUUCUGUCCGGAUCGAUAUGUAGAAAAAGACAGGAAGCCACCUACAGUGAACAUGUGCAUGUUUGCACACACUACCGGCAGAAGGUUUAUGGUUUUAAUGCUGAAGCUAAACAGAUUGAUGUGGUCUGUGCCAGAAGGUUAAGCAACAUAAGAAAAAAGAAAAGAUGUUUGGCAAUGCUGCUAAGCAUGUUGAGGUCUGAUGCACGGCGAUGAACUCAAAGAAAUCUACCCUUCACCUCCUCGCUGUGUUUAAAACCUACUUGUGAUUUGAUUAAAUGUGAUUGUUGAUUUAUUUUUUACAGCAGCAGUGACAGUAGUUGUGUUGCGAGACAAAAAUCAUAUCUCCUAAAGAAGAUAUUUAUUUUGAAUGUAUGGAUGGAGUCUCCAGUGUCCUUCAGUAGGUGUUUCUCCAAGGGCAAGUCUUCAGAGCUUUGUUUUUGUCUUAUUUAGGAGAGAGAAGACAGAGAAUCGUGAGUAAAUGACUCUUUGAAGAGAGAGUAGUAAGAAAGAAUAGUCAGGGAAUGACUCUUUGAAAAAGCAGAAGUAAAAGAGAAUGGUCAAGAAAUGACUGAAUAAAGAGACUCGUGUGGGAACAAGUGAAGUGAAAAAAAAGAGAGAGAAAGAAGAGCAAAUGGUGAGAAAACUAGCUUGAGAAGAGAGAACAAAAAGCAUCACACCUCUCUCGAUUAUUUUCAUAUAACUACCCUCUGUUUCAGUUUUAUUUCUUUUGUAAAAGAGUGACCGAAAUAAGUAACAACUUGCACUCAAUUGAUGUUCCUUUUUUUCUUUUGCUUUGGAUUCAGUGAUCAUGGAUCACUUGGAAAUGACAUGGUUUUCAGAUAACUUUGAAUAUUUUUUUGGACCUAUACAUAUACGUAUAUCCUCUUUACAAGACCUUGGUCUGUUUGGCAUUCAGGGACGUGUACUGUAGCAUUCCAGCAAGAGACAUUCUAGAACCCAUGACAGUAUAGAAUCAAGCCCUUUAAUGGCUUGGGCUACUAUAGGGCAAGCCACACAUCAGCAUUACACACACACACACACGCACACACAAACCCCAGCAUGUAGACCCACCCAUAUGUGAGAUAGUAAUGCAGGGUACAGUGUUUAGUGCAGAAUUUAGUGAAGAUACAACAUUAUGGGGAGGGGGGGUGGGUGUUUGUGAAGU